AUGAGCGUCUCCAAUGAAAAGAUUCCGGCAUCGCAGCUGUUUGAUGUAAUCAACGAGCAGCUGUCGGAGAACCCGGACGAGGUCAGGGACGCCAUCAAAAAAGGCAAUGGCAUCUUUGCCUUUACCAUCAAAGGAAACUCGGGAGUGACGGACAGCUGGCACGUUGACCUAAAGUCCACUGGCCGCGUGGGUAAGGGCAUUGGUGAGAAACCUAGCGUUACCGUUGUCCUUGACGAAGACAAUUUUACGAAGCUAUUCUUGGGCCAGGCGAAUCCACAGAACCUGUUCAUGACGGGCAAGCUGAAGAUCAAGGGCAAUUUGAUGAAGGCGAUGGCUUUGCAGCCCAUUCUGCAGGUGAUUCGCGUCAAAGCCAAGCUGUAG